AUGAGGAUUCAAGACCUCGCAGCCCUGACUUACUCAUUUCCUGCCGGAGAAGCAGCGCAAGGCAAGCUAGAGAAACAAUGCUCACAUCUUUCGGGCGUUGUCUCCUCCCAGCUGGAAGAUGUCCAGUCUUUGCACUCCUCGUUCGUCGACGUCCACGGUAUGAACGUGUCUGGGACAUUGAACUCCAUCCCCUUCUGUCGCCUGCAAGGGUCUGUCGCAUAUCCCAGCAACAACAGCGUCAAUUUUGAACUCUGGCUACCAGACAACGAGACAUAUAACGGACGCUAUCUCUCUGGUGGAAAUGGCGGUUUCGCAGGAGUUAUUGACACCACUGAUAUGCUGAAAAACCUUGAAAAAGGCUUCGCAGUAGCCGGCGGCGAUGGCGGCCACAGACAGGCAAACAACGACGUCGACAACGGCGCCACAUACCUCCCUUUUCUGCACGACGUGCCUCAAACCCUCGCGUGGAUCCGCAACUCUAUUGCUUAUUUCACUCCGUCUGCGAAAGCCAUUACGGGGUUGUUCUACGCUUCUUCGCCGGAGUACAGUUACUACGAGGGAUGCUCAACCGGUGGAGCGCAGGGGUUCGCGGCGGCGGAGUUUCAUCCCCAGUUAUUCGAUGGCAUCGUGGCUUCUUGUCCUGGGAACUGGUAUUCGCAUCUUAUGUUGUCAUUCCUGUGGGGGUGGAGGUCUGCCACUAAACAUGCCCGCCUGCCUCAACACACCCUCGACUUUAUACGGUCCCGAGUUCUCGACGCCUGCGACGCCCUGGACGGUCUCAAAGACGGCGUUAUUGAGAACCCGCUAUCUUGCUCCUUUGACAUUUCAUCGCUUGCGUGUCCUGCAUCGGGCUCAAACACCACCUGUCUCACAGCUGCCCAGAUAAAAACCUACAAUCUCCUCACCUCUGGUCCUGUCCAUCCGGAUACCAAUGGAUCCCUCUACCCCGGUUUCCAACCCGGUAGCGAAUCCGACUGGACCGGUCAGCAAGGCGAGCUGGCGCAGGAUUACGCCGUGCCAUUAUUGCAAAACUUGAUAUCCACUCAGUCCCAUAAUAAAUUCAACUUCAGCCUCCCAACGGCCCUCUCGUUCAACUGGACCAGCGAUGUCUCUCACGUGGACACUUACGUAUCUCCGUUCCUCGACAGUAUCGGCACGAAUUUCUCUGCGUUCAAGAACUCAGGCGGGAAACUACUCGUCACGCAGGGGUGGUCGGAUCCGUAUAAUGCCCCGACGUGGCCAAUGGAACAUUUAGCGAGGAUUGAAGAGGUAACCGGAGACCGUGAAGAGUGGAUGAGAUUAUUUAUGAUCCCUGUCUUCAUUUCCUAA